UAUGGUGGGCGUGUCCUCAGGCAUGAGUACAUCAGCGGAUACUACAGAGUCUCGGUGUACUUCUUGUCUAAGAUCCUGUCUGACAUCCUGACUCUGCGCACCAUCCCGGCCAUCAUCUUCAGCUGCGUGACGUACUUUAUGAUCGGACUGAAGGCAUCGGCCGAGGCCUUCUUCAUCUUCCUGUUCUCUAUCGUUCUGGUGUCGUACACAGCCACGUCCAUGACUCUGGCCAUCUCCGCUGAUCAGACGGUGGUGGCCAUCGCUAACAUCUUCAUGACCAUCAGCUUUGUCUUUAUGAUGAUCUUCUCAGGGCUGCUGGUGAAUCUCCCCAGUGUCGCUGACUGGUUGAACUGGUUAAAGUAUCUCAGUAUUCCUCGUUACGGUCUCGCUGCUUUGGAAAUCAAUGAGUUCACCGGCCUAAAAUUCUGCGACCCAAGGAACAUGAGUGCUAUAGAAACACAAGU